GCUCACAUGAAUUCCCCUAUAACCCAUCAUCUUCAUCUUCAAAGUUUGAACUUUGAAGAGAUCCAAAACCCAACCAACCCUCCUUGUCUCCCCCUCCACCUCCUAUUUGCUUUUUACAUAUACAAACCAAUAUAAAUACAUAUAUCACCUCUUAGUUGCCCACCAUCUUUAAACAAAGAUAGAAAGUUAAAGAAACCUCACAAACAAACAAUAUAUAUACACACUCUCUCUUCAUAUCAUCCCCAAACUAAAAUUUUCUAAUCUCUUUAGCUCUCACAAAAGAGAGAGCAAAAACACAAACACACACAAUGCAUUCCAAUCAACAAAGAUCCUCAUCUAUUGUACUCCAAAGAAUCAACCCUAACCCUAACCCUACCACCGCCACUAAAGAAUAUCAACGUCGCAACCCUCUACCAUGCACCCACCAAGUCCCCAACUCGGUCGCCGUCUACCACAACCACCAAGUGGGCCCCGACCAGUGUUGCUCCGCCGUGAUCCAGCAAAUCUCCGCCCCCAUCUCCUCCAUCUGGUCCCUCGUUCGCCGCUUCGACAACCCACAAGCGUACAAACACUUUGUCAAGAGCUGUCACCUCCUAGUCGGUGACGGUAAAGUAGGCUCACUCCGGCAAGUCCACGUCAUCUCCGGCCUCCCGGCCGCGAGUAGCACCGAGAGGCUCGAGAUUCUAGACGAGGAACAACACGUGAUCAGCUUUAGCGUGGUGGGUGGGGACCAUAGACUGGCGAAUUAUAAAUCGGUGACGACGUUACAUGAAGCGCCGUCAGGUAAUGGAACAGUGGUGGUUGAAUCUUACGUUGUUGAUAUUCCGCCAGGUAAUACUAAAGAGGAAACUUGUGUGUUUGUUGAUACUAUUGUUAAGUGCAAUUUUCAGUCACUUACGCAGAUCGCCAACAAAUUAUCAAAGCGAAAUUAAACACACGAGAUUCGUUUAAUAACCUGAGCGAUGACAGCAUUUGGUUACCCCAGGUUAUAUUUAACGAUCGUUUGGAUCACGAGAUUUCAAUCCGGUCUGAAUGAACGGGGAUGAUGAGAUUUUAAUAUAUUUUUGUAUCGGUUUGAUUGAAAUCUCGUGAUCCAGGCUGUACCUUAAAUAUUUCCAAAAGAGCUUUCGACAGCUGAUGAGGAUUCAGUGCCUAAUGUGAUGUGCCGGUGUUAAUUGUUCAUUUGUGAUCGGUUGUAGAACCGUGUAACGUAAAGAUUUCUUGCGAUUGUAUAGAUGUUGACCGGUUUUUAUUUAAUGGAUGAUUAAGUUGCUUUCUUGA